AUGUUACAAUUUGAGCUUUGCCCAGAGACGGAAGGCGUGGUUCGUUCUCCGAAGGGAGCAUCAUUAAAAGGCCGGAAGCAUUCCCGGAGGGAGCAUCGAUCAGAGGAGGGAAGCAUUAUCCAUAGGGAGCUUCACUCAGAGGCGAUAAACAUUCUCGAGAGGGAGCAUUGCUCGGAGGAGGGAUGCAUUUCCCAUAAGGAGCAUCACUCAGAGGCGGAAAACAUUCCCGAGAGGGAGCAUCACUUAGAUGCGGGAAGCAUUCCCGAGAUGGAGCAUCGCUCGGAGGGUGUGAAUCAUUCCCCAGAGGGUGUAUCGCUCGGACGUGGAAAGCAUUCCUCACAGGGAGCAUUGCUCUGA